GUUUUUCCGCUUGCAUGAGCCUCGGUUCACACACAUUAAAUAGAUUUCUGUGUUUUUGGACCCAUUUUAUAUAUUAUUCUCUGAAAUAGAUAAUGAUAGAAAUAGUUGUCAAUUCAAAAAUAGUUUUCAAUGGUUUUUUGCAACAAAAUUUUGUUUUACUAAUAUGACAAGUAAUCUUGUAUGUCUUGUCGAACUUAAAUAAAACAUUACUUUUCCUGCUCUUACAGUGAUAUCGCGAUAUAUUUGACGUUUCUGCAUUUAUAGGUUAUGAUAGAUUUUUUUAGUUUUCAAAUUUUCUCCAAAACCGUGCAUUGCUACCGGAUAUAAAAGCCAAUCCUAUUUUUUAGCUAAAUAAAAGCGAAGAAAAUUACAAUUCAAUUACUAUACAUAAAUAACUAUAAAAAUGCAUUCUAACAAAGAUAUAUUGUUUUUAUGCAACUUUGAUAUCCAAUUUAAUGAUUUUGAUUCAAUACUAAUAAAAAAUCUUUGGUCCGGACAUUGGGUAAUUGAAGAUUCAGAAUUAUUCAAACAGGUCAUUAGUGAUGGGAUGGAUAUAGAUGCAUUAGAAAAACACAUUAAAAGUGGACAUUAUGAUAAUAGUACCUUAGAAAAAAUAUUGCAAAUGGCUAUUAGCACAUUUUUAACAUUUUGUGACCAAAACUGGAAUCCACAUCCUGAUGAAUUCAAUUUAGAACAGUAUUUUGGUAUUGAUUGGCCUAAGGAUAUUGAUGCAUCUACUUAUUUACAGAGGGAUUCAGAACCUUUGUAUACUAAUAUCUUAUAUCCAGAGCUAUUGUAUCUUUCAUCAAACAUUUUUGCAGCACUUUUUUCGCUUGAUCAGAGUCUGCUUAGUCUAUGGUGGUGCUUCCGAAGCAAAGUUACUCACCAAAGAGCUCUAGAAGAUACAAGUGCUACUCUUUAUAAUGAAAUUGAACUAUUAAUAGCAAAGCUAUACAAUGAGUCACAGGCUUUGGAAAAUAACAGACUAAAAAUCCUUUUGUAUUUGGAGAUAGCACAAGCCUAUUUAAUGUAUGGGAGAGUGCAAAAAGUAGACGAAUAUCUGAUAAAAGCUAGAGAGCUGGCUGGUUUGAAAUUGGAAUUAACAGGAAUUUUGGGAAAGCGUACAAAAUUUCAACAAGAUGCUAAGGCACAACUUGCAUUAUACAGUAAAUUAGAUGAAGAAUUGGAGCGCCCAUCAGCGGAACAAAGUCAUGGAAGUUCAGAUCUGCCACCAGAAAUUGAGCUGCAGGAUGAUGUCAGGCUAAACAAAAUUCAAUUUAAUGAAAACAUAUUGCAGGCUGAACUGCCCAGUUUGGAACAGACCCUUUGCCUAUUGACUGUUCAGUAUCUCCAAAAGUCUCAACCCAAGGAUGAUCUGAUGACUGAAGAAUUGCAACCAUAUAUUGAAACAGUUCUGUCACAAAAGAAAGGACCCUGGUCUACACGAGUAGCCGCUCUGUUGAUAAGAUGUAAACUGGAGGCAAACCACAAGAGAACUGUUGAACGAGCCAUGAUGCAGUGUGAGACAAUUGUCAAUGAUAAAUCCGGUGUUUGUAACACCAGCAGGCUGUCUUACCUAUGGGCGACAGGUCUAGCUCCAGCCUGGAACUGGAAGCAGCAGCUGGCAGACUUGUACUUAAGCUUGGGUCUCGUCAAGGCAGCCCUCGAGGAAUAUUUGAAGUUGCAGCUAUGGGAGGAUGUCAUUGUGUGCUACACUAUGUUACAAUUAAGACAUAAGGCAGCGGAAAUAAUACAGCAACAGAUUGACAUCAAACCAACGGUGAAAUUGUUCUGCCUCCUUGGAGACGCUACAGAUGACGUAAACUACUACGCUAAGGCCUGGGAGUUUUCCAACUUCAAAAGCAGCAGAGCCCAAAGACAUUGGGGUAACUACCUCUUCGAUCACAAGAAGUAUGAUGAGUGUAUACCGCAUUAUGAAAAAUCGGUUGAAAUUAAUUCCAUACAAGAGACUAUAUGGUUGAGGUUGGGUUUCGCAGCUCUAGAGAUGGAAAAUUGGGAACUGUCAGCUAAAGCAUAUCGAAGGUAUACAUAUUUGCAGCCAAAUACGUUUGAAGCUUGGAAUAAUUUAGCGAAAGUGUACGUGAAACAGGGUGAUAAGAAUCGCGCGUACAGGGCGUUAAUGGAAGCCUUGAGAUUCAAUUAUGAUAAUUGGAAGCUCUGGGAAAAUGUAAUAAUAGUUAGCACUGACACGGGACAUUUCGAGGAUGUUUUACGAGGCUGUCAUAGAAUACUCGACAUUAAAGGCAAAUUCGAAGACGUAGAAGUACUUACAUUGCUCGCAAAGGCAAUUGUUGAAGACAGAAAGGAUGCUGAUGGAAACAGUGCUGCCAGGUUAAGAAAACGAACUCUCGAGUUGUUCGGACGAAUAACAUCGAUACAUCAAAAUAAACCAGAAAUAUGGCAACUGUACGCUGACAUAAGUCCGACGUAUUUGCUGAAGGGACAGAGACUAUUGAAAGCGUAUAAAGGAUUUACUCAGAGUGGUAAUUGGACUAAUAGCCCCGAUACAUGUAUGAAGGUAAUGAAAUUGACAGAACUCCUUCUAGAAUACAGUUUAAAAGCAAGAAAGGAAGCUGAAGACAAGGACGUACUCCAAGCAAAUCAACAGCUAUCGUCAGCACGGUUAACUGGUCAGGCAGUAAUAAGAGCCGCAGAAAAACAAGAUUGGUCCGAAACUCCUGAAACUCAGGCUCUACUUACAGUGUUAAAGGAAUUGUUUAAUAAUGUUACAGAAUAUAUGAAAUCUAUAAUACGCUUAAAAAUGGCGACCGCCAACGAAGAAGAAAUUUUAGAAGGCUUUCUUUGUCCAAUUUGCAAAGCAGAUUUGAAAUCACCGACUCAACUUACGAGCCAUUUCGAAAGCCUUCAUCAGGAAGAACAAGAUGUAUUAAAGUCGCUAAAGGAUAUAUUUGGUAAAGCAAAGAAAAUUAUACUUAACACAGACGAUACGGAUUUAAAAGAAACAUUCGACCGCGCAUUAAAGCUGAAUUCUCAAGACUAUUAUCCGUUUGAAGAGCAAACAAUAGGUGUGUCUAGAAGCUCUACUGAUUAUUUUAGAGCUGUGCGGUCAGCAAGAUUAGAGAGAUAUGCUACAGAAACUAAUAAGUUAUUAAUAAGACUGGAUAAGUUAGUAUGUAACAUGCCUAGUGAGCCGAGCCAACGAAAACUGCAUGAACAGGAAGUUGUUCCAUGGUUAGAUGGUUCAUCGGUAAAGCUUUGCCCGAACUGUGCUAAAGCAUUUAAUUUAACAAGAAGAAAACACCAUUGCAGAUUAUGUGGGUCUAUUUUAUGUCAUGAUUGCUCCGUGUUCUUGGACUUGAACAUAGCAAAAGCAAUUGUUGAUCCAUCCAGACCGCAGACAUCUCAAGCUGAGGAAUUAAAUGAGAAGAAUGGUCUGCGUCUUUGUGAACACUGUUAUUAUCUAAUUGAGUUACGUAAGCAAGUGCAAGAGAACAGAAAUGCUAAAACUGUUCUGAUGACUGCCUACGAACAGAUGAGGAGUUUGAUGGAUCAGGCUAAGCCAGCAGUUGCCAUGUAUGAAAAGAUGUGUCAAAGUCUAUUUGACGGAGAAACAACAUACAACCUCUCAGACGUGAAUGCAAUGCGUGGACGCAUUGGAAAACUCGCGGAAGGUAUUGAUUUACUCAGCAAACAGAUAGCAGCCUUCCCCGUGGAACCAGCAACGAGACAGGCAAAAUUACAGACUGCUAUUAGGCAGGCAGCCUCGCAUUAUAUAAAGGAAGAUCUCUUAUCACUCCGUAAGUUACCAACCGAGGCACAGAUAGAUGAGGUGCGUAGGCAAAGGUACGAACGCGCGCAGAAACAGAUACAACUGGAAAGAGAGAGAACGGAGAGAGAGAGACAGAGACGGGGCGAAGAGGCGGAGACUAGUGGAAAUCGAGUGGAAGGCCCCGCCCACGACGACGACAACCCUCUUUUGGAACAAAUGAAUAUUAUACGAGGCUACAUAAAAGAAGCUAGAAAAGAAUUGAGAUUUGAAGAGGUGGCGAUAUUAGAAACGAAUCUUAAGGAAUUAAAGAAGGAAUACCAGUUUCAAAUGCUCUCAAACAAGUCCUAGUCAUUCCGUUACAUGUCAUUUAAUUUAUAUUAUAUUACAAGAACGUUUUGUAUUUAAAUUAUUAAAUUUCUUGUAAAUGCAAGAAUAAAGAAUCGGAAGUUGCA